CUGAGCAUGGCCUGAUGUCAUCCCUCUGAUAGUGAGUGUCAUUGCGACACAGCAGGUCACCUCCUGGCUAUAACCCAGCGCCGGCCGGGCAGCGGUCCACGCUGUGUUCCUCCUCCCACUCCAGCUACACAGACAGGGCAGACUGUGCUCCCACUCAUCAGCCUGCUGCUACGCUUCUCCUCCACGUUUCCUCCACCUCAGCCUGUAUGGUAUAAAAAUGGAGACCUUAAAUCACAAACUAAACACCUACUUUGAAACAUGGAUGGGUCCUAGAGAUAAGCGGGUGCGGGGAAUGCUCCUGCUCGACAAUUACCUACCAACCUUUGCACUCACAGUCAUGUACCUCCUGGUUGUGUGGCUGGGGCCCAAGUACAUGAAGCACAGGCAACCAUAUUCCUGCAGAGCCCUCAUGGUGCUCUACAAUCUGGGAGUCACCUAUUUGUCCUUCUACAUGUGUUAUGAGCUUGCUAUAACUGUGUGGCGCGGUGGAUACAACUUCCUCUGCCAGAACACUUACAGUGCACCAGAUGUAGAUAAAAAGGUCAUCAGUGUCCUGUGGUGGUACUACUUCUCCAAGCUAAUCGAAUUCAUAGACACUUUUUUCUUUAUUCUGCGGAAAAACAAUCACCAGAUCACUUUUCUCCAUGUCUACCACCACGCCAGCAUGCUGAACAUCUGGUGGUUCGUCAUGAAUUGGAUACCCUGCGGCCACUCAUAUUUUGGGGCCUCCUUGAACAGCUUUGUCCAUGUUGUGAUGUAUUCCUACUACGGCCUUGCAGCCAUUCCAGCCCUAAGACCAUACCUCUGGUGGAAGAAGUAUAUCACUCAGCUGCAGCUGAUCCAGUUCUGUCUAACCAUGUUACAAACAGCACUUGCAGUGGUAUGGCCAUGUGGCUUCCCCAUGAGAUGGUUGUACUUCCAAAUCAGCUACAUGUUGUCAUUUACUGUGCUUUUCUCAAAUUUCUACAUUCAGACUUACAAGAAGCGCAGCGAUUCUCGAAAGAAAGAGCAUCAGAAUGGUUCCUCUGCAUCAGUAAACGGCCAUGCCAAUGGAACAGCAUCGUUGGAGCACGCAGCACCAAGGAAGAUCAGGAUGGAUUGAUAUUUAGGAAACCAACACCAGAUUCUCACUGUAGCCCUUUAGGUUAUGCAGCUAGAGUUCUCUGUAUUAUUCUUAUUUAGAGUAGACCAGCACUCACCUCACACCAAAUAAUCCAUAGCUGCAGACAGUAUUCCCUUUUCCCUUCUAGUAUUUGCACCGGCGGUUUUGAAUAUUUGAAUUCCUAUAGCUCUAACAGAAGGUUACUGUGUAUUCCUAUAUCUUUACAUUAGGCUUACCUCACAUUUUACAAUCGAUUCAUUUCUAGUGAAAAUCUCAGUGCAGACAGACAUGCAGUCAGAACAAUUCAGCGAUUUUUUGCACAGCAAAGGUCCAAAGAGUAACAACUCCUACGUUUUAAAUGACUUGUAAGUUUUAAAGCACAUCUUAACAUCAGUUUAAGGGACAAUAAAAAUAAUGGAGUAAUUAUGUCUUUUUUUAUUGUGUAAUUGCAGGAUGAUACAUCUGUUUCUCUUUUGUUUUUACUCUACCUUCCUGUUGCUUGAUCCAAAAUUGUAUUCUCAGUUAGGUCGUAUUUUAUUUCCUGCAGAUUAGCCGUACGGUUGCAGAUGGACGCAGGGCUCAGUUUGAAAUGUUGAACCAUCUCAUCACAACCAAAGCUCAGUGUUGCUGCUUCUGCUCAUGUUAGUGUUCAGAAGAGCUGGGGUCACAAUGUGAAAGAAGAGCCAAUAUUUUCAAGAGCAGGAUAAAAAAAAAAUAGUCUUGCAUUGGAGAAGUUUAACAAUUGACCGAUUCUUCUUUCACACUGUGUUGAAAGUAGCUUUUGUUCAUUAGAAAUAUUGUAUUGUAUAUUACAAGACAUGCAUAUGGUUAAAAUAUUUAUUUUCAGUUUCUUCUGGCUGCCAAGAUGCAUUUUCAACAAUGCCAGAUAUUGACUCAAUAAGUUCAUAAGUUCUGCAAUGGUUCAUGUUAGGUUAGAAAACAAUCAUACUCUAAAUAUAAGUGCUAUAAACUCAGGUGACUAAUUUUAGUACAACAUUAGGUUGCAUUUCUAACAGGCAUAAAAAAUAUUAAUAAUAAUAUUUCUACAUUACUGUAAAAACAUCAGAGAUAUACAUGAAUUUUCCUAAGAAAUUGUGGACAACCAGAAGAGGAAAAUAUUAGAAAAAAAAACAACUUUUUUUCCUAAUGGCUAUCUGUACUGUAGUGGGAUCCCUUUGUCCUGCAAGAGACAUGAUUUCCAGCAGAUAUUUUGACUAUUGAAUAGCUAAAAAUAGUACUUCAUACUCCAAUGGACCUUGACAGUAAGCAGCUCAGCAGCUGAGCAGCAACAGCAUCUUACAAAUGGAAGAAAAAAUUAAUGGGGUUAGUCCCUGUUAACUAUUUCUUUCUGGAUAAUACGAGAACUGGACUUCAGAGAAAUAAAAAAAAAAAUCUAAAAUUGCAGCAAAACAUUGUGGGCAGUCACUGUUCUUAAACAACAGAUGUGCCUCAAAUUUCUAACAUUAAAGAGCCAAACAAUCUCUCUGUUUUACCAUCUCUGCAUUCUCCAAAUCACAAAUCAACACGAUGCUUAAUUGGUUACCAUACUUGGAAAUGUGAUCAAGGGCUAUUUCACAGCUUUUAUUACAUAUACAUCAGGUUUCUUUCGGAAGUUGAACCGUGAAGUGAUGUGUGUAACGUUGCAGGCUGCAAGCGUAGCUUAGCGUCAGUGCUGCGGACGGAAUAAAACAGCCACCCUGGUUGAGUCAGAAAUGAUUAUAUCAGCUUACAAACCUCCAAAGCUCAUUUUAGUUCUGAUUCAGACAGAGCUGGAUGUUUCUGGGUGAAAUAAGCGUCCCAGCCGACUGACUGUAAGAUGUUGACCUCUCUCCACCCUCAGUAGAUCAGAAAUGUGAAAUUCAGCACCAAUCAAAGUCCACAUUAACUCGGUCCACGUGUAACACCUGAUUCUGUUAAAACAUGACCAUGACUGUAGCGGUUUUGUUUUAAAAUUUCAGGUGUAUUUGUAUGUAUUUAUGAGCAGGGGUAGCACUGAAUUUCAUCUUAACUGAUAAAAGAGGCAAAAACGAAUGUAAUUAGACAAAACAUAGAGAAUUUUUUUAAUUUUAUUUUUCUGAGAUCUGGUGUAGACUUCAGGGGACGUGUUCUCACUGAUGCUUUACUAACUGUGACACAUUAAAACUACAGUUCUGACCAAC